AUGGCUGCUGAGCGGUCGGGACUGAUAUGCCCAAAGGGGCCUUUAGAUGAGCGGCUCGAUCAACUUCUUCGACAGUUCUGGGAAGUGGAAACCUGCACCGAUCCAAUUGUGAAGGCGUCAAAGGAAGAACUAGAUUGCAAGAGUCACUUUGUUAAAAACUUCGUGCGGUUAGAAGGUGGUGCCUAUACAGUCAGGUUACCAAUUAAACACAACUCCGUUUUAUUGGGUGAUUCGUACUCUCGGGCUCUACGUCGCUUCCAGUCGUUAGAGAGGAAACUGUCUCAUCAGCUCGAACUGCGCACUCAGUAUUCGGCCUUCAUAAAGGAGUAUCUUAACCUAGGUCAUAUGUCCCUGGUUCCGCCGGAGUUGCAUCGAGACUGCAAAUAUUUUCUGCCACAUCACUGUGUGCUAAAGAAGGACAGCACCACGACGAAACUUACAGUGGUGUUCGACGGUUCCGCUGUUACCACCUCCGGUUAUUCUUUGAAUGACAUAUUAAUGGCUGGGCCGGUCAUCCAACCUAAGCUUUUUCACAUCCUGCUAAGGUUUCGUUCGCAUCCGGUAGCGCUGACUGGCGACAUUUGUAAGAUGUACCGUUGUGUGAGGAUGGCGUCGUCUGACAGCUUCUUGCAGUGCAUUCUGUGGCGAGAUUCCCCUCUGGAGGAGCUACAAACAUCUAAAUUGGACACUUUAACAUAUGGAACAAAGCCUGCGUCCUAUCUAUCCGUACGAGCGAUGCACCAAUUGACUAAGGACGAGGUUGAAGACUUUCCAGUGGGAUCCGAAAUCUUGCUUCGAGAUUUUUACGUUGAUGAUCUCAUUUCUGGUGGCAGCUCCAAGGAGGAGGUUGUUGGCAUUUUAGGGCAGAUAUCAGCGCUUUUGUCCAAGGGCGAAUUUCAGCUGAGGAAAUGGUGCUCCAAUAUCCCUAGCGUCGGGAUCGGGAGUCUUAUCUAA